AUCGACCGCAUUGUGGGUUCAGCCAGCGAGCGGCGCAGCAAGCCAAAGCCAACGAUCGCCGCCAAAAUGGAGGAUCACUUCGGCCGGAAGAUAUCCAGGGAGGAGGAGGCGGUGGUGAAGCCGACGAGGAGCUUCCGGUACGAGGACUACAGCACCAGGAGGGUGUUCCUGCGCAGCUACCCCCUGCAGUGGGAAUCGCCGGCGCCCGGCGGCGGCGACGAGAAGCAGGGCGAGGCGGAGGACGACGAGGACCGGUACGACGGCGGCGGCCGCGACAGGCGGUGGAAGCGGCAGGUGGUGGUGGCGGUGGUGGAGUGGGGGGAGGACAAGCUGCUGCUGCUCCGCAGGGUCAAGAAGCGGCUGGCGCUCUACCUCAUCGGCUGCCACUACAGCCGCCCCGCGCUGCCGUACAAGUCCGGCGGCUCAUGCACCACCGCCAUGCUCAAGUCCAUGUGAUCGCUGCCAUGGCGAGCUGGUUCAGCUGCUCGUGUCUGUCCAUGACACGCAGCAGACAGUUGUUAGUCUGCUCGUGCCGUCAGCCUUUCCCUGCUGCUCUGUUUUGUGCGCCUGUAAUACGCUGUAUCUAUGUGUGUCCCUACGUAGAGGUAAUAAUAAGAGUUUGCACGAGUGAUGAAACGCUCAUGUAUAUACAGUAUUUUCUUGUGAAAUUUUUGUCAUAUGAUAGAUGGACAGAUCAUACUGAUUACUGUUCCAGGAACCUUCAAUACAUAGCUUUUUGAGUA